AUGGCAAGCAACCUUAACCAAAGCAGCUGGUCUGCCUUCGACAACCAGGCUCAAUACCUCGAGUGCCCCGUGCAGUACCCCCAGUACCCUCCCCAAGAAUCUCUUCAGCCCUUGAUCGACGGUAUCGGUCCGCAGAACCGCUCUUUCCACCCGUCUGGUAUGAGCCCGCAGCAUCAUUUCCAAGGCUGUCAGGUCUUUCAAGUGCAGGGCAACAUGACGCUCCCUUCGAUGCCUUCUCUUCUGCCAGCACGCAUGAUCCAGUCCUCCGCUGGAGGCAUGCCUCCUGUACAUCACUCUUCUGCCGAGGCUGGACCUCGGCGCUUCGAACCCGAAGCCCAUGUCCCUAGUACUAUGCCGCCCAUCCAGCGCUCCGAUGACCCUGCCCAGCAUGUCUGGGACGAGAACCCCUGUCAGCCUAGACGCGGUAGUAUUGCUGGUGAUCCUACUCACUCUUCUCCUGGACCUCUGACUAGUGCCGGCCUCCCAGUCCUUUCGCCAUGGCAACAGGCCGAAAUUGACGAGUAUCUUGGAGUGAUCGGGUACUAUGGAAACCCGAUGUAUCCUGCCCUUCCAAGCAACCUCAAGCCUCGGGUGAGCAACACGAACACAGUCUUGAAGAACUCUGUCGGCAAUUCUCAGCCAGAGCCAGAGCCCCUAAUUGAAUACAGGACACCGGCUGAUAUCAAGUUGAUGCGUUCCUCGCCAAGUCACUCCGUUCGACCCAUAGCCUUGCGACGCGGCUCCAAGCAACCUGCAAAGGUGACGGUUGACACCGAGAAGGACUAUUGGCUCCCUGACGUUUGUGACGCAACGGUGGAGCGGUGCACCAGCGACGAUGAUGUAUACGACGCAACUCCUAAGGCGGUUCUCCGCCAUGCCGCCACUUCCAAGAUAUUGCCUACGAUUCAUGCUUCUGCGAAGCCCAAGGGCACGGACUCGAAGCAAAACAGCAUCUCGGAAAAGUCUGUCGGGCAGCCUCAGAAGGAACACCAUCCUCGCAGCAUCGAAGACAUCUUCGCCAGAGCUCGCAACUCGCAAAACGAAGUGUGGGCAGCCAUGUUCCGUCGCGCAGGCCCUUCUGCUGACGUGGAUGGUGCUGUGCCUGCAAAAACCAGAAAGUCAAGUGACUUAUUGAUGCAACCCAUCUUGAAUGCGGAACAGAACAUUGCCCGAGGCGCUGUGCGCGAUGCUGCUGCAAAGGCCAGUGUGUUUGAGCCUAACGCCACGGCUAACCAGCAUAUGUCAAUGCCCGAAAGGAAGCGCGAACCUGCCAAAGCGUCUGGCGCCCCUUUCCCUGGGCCCGUUGUGUUCCCGAGUAGAGAGAGUCUCAACCGUCUCUUCGCGGCCCCCAAGACUCCCCCCGAACUUAAGCCAAGCGGCAUGUCGAAUGCCCUACUUCGUCAGUACAUUCUCGGCACCCAGGCCCGCGACCUGGCAGCCACUAAAGAGAUUGCCGCCCUGACUGAGAUUCUCAAGACAACGGAGAAUGCUCUUCGCGCCGCCCAUGUUGAGCAUGCUGCUGCGCUUGCUCAGAAGCAGGCUCAGUUUGAUGCCUACACGCGCCACCUAGAUCAGACUCUCUUCGGCGUCGACGGCCGCAGCGAAGACGCGCUCACGGCGCAGUUGGUCCGGUCGCUUCUCAGUGCCCUCAAAGAGAACGCCCAGCUCGGCGGCCGUGUCCCGGACCCUUGUGCUGCUGGCGACGGCGCAGAGACCAGCCGCACGCAACUCCUCAUCGAGCAGCUCACCAAACAGCUGCGACUUGCCAACCGUGAGCUCAGCGUCUCAAACGACCGGUACGAGCUCCUCAAGCAGCGCUUCGAUGACCAGGCUGCGGAAGCGGAGAAGAGGAUGACAGAAUUUGAGGAGUUUCAGGAGAGCCGGUUUUCCUCCUUCGUAGAGCGGUCGGCUGACUUUUUCAAGGAGAAGCGCCGGACCAACAUUGCCGAGGUCGCACGUCUCGCUGCUGUUGCAGAAACCGAUGAGGUCAAGGCGCGGUGCGCCAAGGCCGAGACUCUAGCUGCCAAGUGCCGCAAGGACUACGACGACAAGUGCGUCGAGAAGAAGAAGAUCUCCUGGGACCUGGAGACUGCCAAGGAUGACUUGCGCGCCCACCACGAAGAGGCCGGGCGCAUGGUCUGUCAGUUCGAAGCCGAGUUGGCCUCGACGCGGGCGGCGCUGGCCGGCGCCCGGAAGGAGCUCAAGAUGGCGCACGAGAACAUCCGGCAGCAAAAGAUGGAGGAAGCGGAGCUGCACCGCACCUCUCUGACUGAGCUUACCAAGAAGGAUGCUCUCGUCGAAGAGCUGGCUGACAAUGUUAUCGACUCCGACGACGACCCUAGCGAUAUGCCAGAUGAGCUCAAACUCCUCCAAAAACGGCUGCGCGAAGUCGACUCUAAAUUGCCGCACACCUGCUACCCUCCAAUUGAGCUUACCACGUACAAUUUUGUCAGGGCGAGUUCGUUAAAGGAUCGGAGCGCAGGUGAUGCAGAUUCCGAAUGGUCGCCAACUAUUGACCAAGUCAAGCAUGUUAGCCCGCCAACCAUUGACCAAGUUAAGCACGUGAGCCCUCUCAUAUCUCUAGUUGACUCGGAGGACACGAAACAAGUGAUUUAG